CACCGUCACUAUAAGAGAGAGGUCCUGGUUAAGCGUCUCUCUGAGCCACACAGCGAGCGAUCUCAGCGAAGCCCAUGAAUCAUGGCUAGCACGACUCCCAGUGAGAGUGUGGAUAGUGAGCUGCGCUGCUCCAUCUGCCUGGACACGUUCGUCUGCCCCUCCACGCUGAGCUGUGGACACUCGUUCUGCCUCCGGUGCUUGGCGGCCGCCUGGGAGACGGCGAGCAGUUUCAGCUGUCCACAGUGCCGAGCGACCUUCCUUGUCCAACCCCAGCUGAGGAAGAACGAGGCCCUCGCCAACCUGGCGGAGCAGUUCAGAAUAGGUGAUGGGAUGGCCACGGCCGUUGUUUGUGACAUCUGCGGUGACGGCCAGACUCCUGCAGUGAAGACCUGCCUGAGAUGCGAGAUGUCCUACUGUUUUUCACACUUCAGGACUCACGUGGAGAAUCCCAGGUUGAGAGAGCACGCUGUGGUGGAUCCCACUGCGAGCUUGGAUGAGCGAAAAUGCCCUCACCACAGUGAGGAGCUGAAUUUCUACUGCACAGUAGACAGCAGCCUGGUCUGCUCAUCUUGCACCAUCGCAGUUGAACACAAAGGACACAAGGUCCUGACGCUGAAGGACGAGCACGAGAGACGAAAGACGCGCGUAGGGGAGGAGACGCGAGUGGUGGAGGAGAAGAGGAAGGAGGCGGAGGAGUCCGUGAAGCGGAUGGAGGCCGCUCGCAAGGAGGCGCAGGAUAUCAUUACCGAGACCAAGGUUCGCAUCUCAGACCAUUUCUCUCGCAUGAGAGCGGUAGUCGACGAGGACGAGAGGGAGGCUCUACGUCGCGUUGAGGUGAAGGGGCGCGAGCUGCUGUCCCGGAUCGAGGAGGACAUCGCUCGUCACGAGCGGGAGAUCGGCGAGCUCCAGGCAGCCGCCGCUCGCCUGCGCGCUCUGCAGCACGAGAGGGACUCGCUCGCCUUCCUGCAGGUUCACAUGAAGGAGACGCUCAGGGGCAAUCAGAGGGGAGCAUCACGCUCAGGUUCCAGCCACGACAGCACCACCGUGAUCAGAGCCCUGGAGGGAACUGUGGUCAAGCUGCUGGCGUUCAUGCAUGGACGCUCACCAACUCUGGACACAAACUCAGCCUACAACCGCCUCCAGAUUUCCUCGGAUCUCAGGACGGUGACGGUGGGCGGUGUCCCCCAGGGUCGCCCCCAUCACCCACACCGCUUUGAUUGCUGGUCACAAGCCCUGUGCUUUGAGAGCUUCUCAUCGGGUCAGCAUUACUGGGUGGUGGACGUGGGGAGCGCGGGGCUGUGUUGGAUUGGAGUCACGUACAGGACGAUCCCACGGAGUGGGCGUGGUGCUGAUUGUGGCCUGGGAGGGAGUGACGUCUCCUGGUGUCUACAGAAAGCUGGUAAAAGCUUAUCAGUGCGGCAUGGUGGGGUAGAGACCUCACUGUCGGUGCCGGAGCCUCCGCGGAGAGUCGGGGUUCAUCUGGACUGGGACGCGGGGCUGCUCUCGUUUUACAGCGCUGACUCGAUGACACUGCUGCACUCUUUUCACCAAACCUUCACUCAUCCCCUAUAUCCUGGGCUGCUGAUGGGGUCGAAAGUUGGUGACUCAGUGAGGAUUGUGGAUCUGUGUGGUGCGUCCUGACAGUGGUGAACAUGAACAGCGCAGAGGGCAGACGCCACGACGCACGGCACUCGCCACCCUCGUCACCGUCACGCGCAGUGCCACGCCCGUGACUGGCUGGUGGCUGUCGGUGGCUAGGGGCUGUGUGCCUCUCCAUCACAACGGCCGGGGGGAGGGCUGAGUAUAAACAAUCCUCACU